AUGCCUCACUUGGUCAGCACACAUUGCAUCGAGCCUCAUUUCCUUCGCAAUGUCCUGGAUGUUCUGAUUAUUGGGACAGGGACAGCUGGUCUCUCUGCGGCCUUGGCCCUUGGCCGUGCGCAAAGGAGUGCCAUCGUUUUCGAUGGCGCCGAGCACAGGAAUAACCUUCAUGGGAUUGCAAGUCAGGCAAUAUCAAAAUCGAUCCAGGAUGAGACGAUAGCUGAGAUCAAAGCCAAGUUCAAGACCAUCAUGCUUAGCCUCGCGACAGCCGCGUCUAUUCGUGAGAAAGGCAUGACUUUCGAAGUCGAAGACGUUACAGGUCGACGUUGGAAGGGAAGAAAGGUGAUAUUGGCUAUGAGCAGCCGUGAUGCUCUUCCAGAUAUCCCAGGAUAUGAAGAAGCUUUGGGGAAGCAUAUUUUCGAUGUAUCACAAUGCCUCGAUGUUAGUAACAAAGCGACUGCCCACGCUGCUGUGCUCAUCACAUCCGACUCUUCAAGUUCUAUUGAGGCGGCGGUAUUGUCAGCUCAUCUCGCCCGCCAGUUCAGUCCCGAUAUAACAUUCCUGACUAACGGCCUUUUUCAUGUCGAGCAUCAUCCUCAAAUCUUAGCGACCAAGAAUUGUGGCUUCAAAUUAGACAACAGACCCAUCAGAUCAUUGCAACGUCUGGAAACCUCGGUGGCUAUCCAGUUCGCCGAUGGGACAGAAUCAGUGUAUGGCUUGAUAUCGCAUAAGCCCAGAAAGGUUCUUGGCGGGCCUUUUUCAGAACAAUUAGAUCUGGAGAUGACAUCUGAAGGGAGGAUUUUGGUGGAAAAUGAGUUCCAAGAGACAAGCACACGCGGUGUUUACGCAGUUGGUGACAGUGCCAGCUUUCUCAAAGAAGGGAGUGCUGGGGCCAGUGCUGGAUGGCUGGCUGGGGUUGGUGCAAACUUGCAAAUUGCGGAGGAUGAUAUGAAAAUGCUAGAUCAAGCAAUUGUCGCCGUUCCAAAGAGCGCAGUUGGGCCAUCGGGCUCUAAUUUCGGACCAUCGGCGGCAAUCACUUUAUCCCUGAAUCACGCAAUUGAGACUUAUCCUCGGCUGAGCAAAGCGCUACACGCUAGUGGUCGCGUGACACUGGCAGUUCGAUCUGCGGCCUUUGGCCAGUCUCGAAGGGGUCUCGCUACCGCUGCGGCCGUGACAUCUGCGAGCCGAAGUCACAAGGUCGUCGUUAUUGGAGGAGGCUCUGCUGGUCUCGCGAUCAGCCAUCAACUUCUCCGGAGCGGCCGAUUCGCCAGUGAGGAUAUCGCUGUCGUCGAUCCCGCUCAGUGGCACCACUAUCAGCCUGGAUGGACACUCGUCGGUGCCGGGCUUAAGACGAAGGAGGAGUUGAAGAUGUCUAUGUCUGAGCUCAUCGACCCCAAGCUCAAGUUCUACAACGUGAGCGUUGAUGCCCUCACUCCUGAGGACAACAGCAUCACCCUUGGAACUGGUGACAAGGUCAACUAUGAGCACCUCGUUGUUGCGCCCGGUAUCAAGAUCAACUAUGACAGCAUCAAGGGCCUUCCCGAAGCUCUCGCUGAGCGCAACGGUCCUGUCUCUUCCAUCUACGGCUACGACUACUGCGAUAAGGUCUUCCCCAACAUCCAGCGCCUCCAAAAGGGUAACGCCAUCUUCACCCAACCCGCCGGCGUCAUCAAGUGCGCCGGUGCUCCCCAGAAGUCCAUGUGGCUUGCCCUUGACCACUGGAAGCAGACUGGUCUCUAUGACCCCAAGAACCCCUCCGCCUCUCCUAUCAAGAUCACCUUCGCCACCGGCCUUCCCGUCAUGUUUGGUGUCCCCAAGUACAGCGCCGAGCUCGAGAAGAUGCGACAAGAGCGUGGUGUUGAGGGUCUUUUCCAGCAUGAUCUUGUUGCUAUUGAGGGCAACAACGCUGUCUUUGCCCAUGGCCAGGACAAGGUUACCAAGCCGUUUGACUUCCUGCACGUCGUUCCCAAGAUGGGACCUCAUGCUUUCGUCAAGAAGAGCGCUCUCGCCAACGAGGCUGGCUACGUUGACGUCAACGACAACACGCUCCGCCACAACAAGUUCGCCAACGUCUGGUCUGCUGGUGAUGCUUCAAGCCUUCCUACCUCCAAGACCGCCGCAGCCGUCACCUCCGAGGCGCCCGUUCUUGUCAGCAACCUGUUGCGCGCCAUCGAUGGCCAAGAGCCCGAGCCAGCCUAUGAUGGCUACACCUCAUGCCCUCUCCUCACAGAAUACGGGAAGGUGAUGCUUGCUGAGUUUAAGUACGGUGGCGUUCCCAAGGAGACUUUCGGAGAGAUUCUUGGCAUUGACCAAGCCGUUCCCCGCCGCUCAUUCUACCACCUGAAGAAGGACUUCUUCCCCUGGGUUUACAAGAACUACAUGGUCAAGGGAACAUGGGGAGGACCUAAGGGCUGGAUUAAAUAG